AUGUCUCGAUGGCUCUUCCUACAUAUAGCAUCAUCAUUGGCGACGCGGUAUGGGUGUUUCACUCUCCGAUCUGAUGCCAACGGUAGGAUCAAAUUGUUGACGAUACAGAAGUGCACUGCUGCAAUUAGGCUGCUGGCCUAUGGCAGACCGGCUGACAUGUUCGACGAAUACUUGCACAUGGGCGAGACGGCUAGCCUACAGGUUUUGAGACAGUUUUGUAGGAGCAUCAUCACGAUAUUUGGUAGAGAGUAUCUCCGAAAGCCACACCGCCGACUGCCAGAUACUGCUUACUAUGCACGAGAGAGUGCACGGUUUUUCAGGGAUGAUGGACAACAUAGAUUGCUUGCACUGGGAAUGGAGGAACUGCCCGGUGGCUUGGAAAGGGCAGUUCACUACCGGGUUCAAAUGCAAACACCUGACGAUAAUCCUGGAAGCUGGUCUAACAACGACAUCAGUGUUCUGCAGUUGUCACAUCUCUUCAAUAGCAGUACUGGCGUGAGGGUCCAAAAAUUUGUUUCGUAG